AUGUUCCAGUGUGUUAUCAAGGAAAAGAUCCUGUUUGUAUAUCCAAGGUCGCGCGAAAUCAAAAUACGUUCCGAACAGAUCAGCUGUCAGGAAAUACGAAUAAACACGGAUUUCGAAAUCGCCGUAGAAUGGAACGGAUCGCCUUCGUAUACAAACGAAAUCUUUGAUGCCCCACCAAUAACAGAACUAUCGGACGAACGGAUACAAUGGACGCUAGAUCAACUUGAGGACAAAUCAGAUACAUGGAAUCACCUCUCAGAACAAAAGACAAAGUCGACGAUUGACAAUAUUCGAGAUGAGAUGGAACAAACAAUGAUUUCAGCUGGUAUCAUUAUUGAUAAAUCAUCUCAUAUGAUCGCGCAAGAAAUCCAAGAAAUUGCUCGAUAUUGGCAGUUUCUACUAGGCUCACUGUCACUCAUAGGGCUGACAGUAACAAUCGUCAUAACAAUAAUCAUGUGUCCUCAAUGUUUCACUUGUUUCAACGCAAUGUGCCAAAGAUGCGUAAUGUCCAAACGAACGUCAGCUCAACGCCAUCAACUUUCGACCCUUGUGGAUUCCAUCGGGAAGUUCAAAAUCAAGGACGCCGGAAUGUCGCGACAGAAAUGGCGAAAGUACAAACGGCGAUGA